UUCCGAGCUACCAUACAAAAAAAAAACAUCCCUGACAAGCAGCUGUUGCUACAAUGUUACAGAAUUCCCACGUGCGCAAAUCAAUCUGUGGUCACUUUGUGAUAGUUUGACUAAUCGUCAGUGAAAUUGUGACAAUUUUCUGCAUCUUCGACUAGAGGACAAUGGAGGCCGUUAUUACGAUUAAUCCCGGGGCCACGAAAUGGGACAUCCGAGAGAAAGUUUGGGAUUACAUUGAAGCUAAGAAUCUUGCAAACUUUCCAAGGCCUGUGCACAACAGAAUCCCCAAUUUUAAGGGUGCGGUCCCGGCCUGUGACCGUCUCUCAGCCCUGCAGGAGUUCAAGUCCAGCCAGACGAUCAAAGUGAACCCAGACCGACCCCAGCAGCAGGCACGCUACAUCACCCUGGAUGGUGCCCACACUGCCUGCGCCAAGGUGUCGGAGCUACAGGUAUUCAAUGAGACUGACGAGGUGAAAGUGGACCCUGACAAGCCGCUGGAGGGGGCGAGGCUGGCCGUGCUGCAGGCGAGGAAAACCCUGCUGGUGCCGACCCCUCGCCUUCGCACAGGACUCUUCAAUAAGAUUGUCCCGCCUGAGGGAGCAAGCAAAGAAGAACUGAGAGUGUGCUCCACCUCGCAGGGAGUGAAGGAGUUCAGUGUCCCUGUGGGUCUGGAUUCCAAGGUUCAGGUGGAUCUUCUGGUGGUUGGCUCUGUGGCCGUGUCUGAGAAAGGUUACCGGAUAGGUAAAGGAGAGGGCUUUGCUGACAUGGAGUAUGCCAUGAUGCUCUGCAUGGGGGCUGUGACCGAAUCCACUGUGGUGGUUACCAUCGUCCAUGACUGCCAGGUUGUUGACAUCCCAGAGGAUCUGAUUGAGAGCCAUGACAUCACUGUGGACUACAUCCUCACCCCGACCAGAGUCAUCAAGACAGACUGCCAACGCCCCAAGCCCCAGGGCAUCAUCUGGACUAAGCUGAACGCUGAGAUGCUGGAGAAGAUCCCCGUGCUGAAGAAGCUCCGGGCCUUGGAGGAGGAGCAAGGGAAGGACGUGACCCUGGGGACCCACCCUCCCCCGCAGCCCAGGGAGAGGGCCAGGAGGGAGCCCCGGAGGGACAGAGAGCCCAGGUCAGAGGGUGAUAGACCCCGGCGUGAGCCCAGGCGCAGGCCUAGACGGAACACCCAAGAGGACUCUGAGAGGGACCCCAACGGGGAGUCCAGGGAGGAGACUGAGCAGAAACCCAGACGACGCCCACCAAGAGUGAGGAGGGAGGGGGACAGAGAGGGGGGUAGGGAUGGUGAAGGGGAGGGAGGCCGGGAGGGGGCCAGGGGGAGGGGAAGAGAAGGGGACAGGGAUGGGGUCAGGCAAGAGGGCAGGGAGGAAGGUGGCGAGCCCCGUGAGCGCAGGCCCCCCCUGACUGUGACCACAGUGUACCUGGGGGGCAUCCCUGCCGGGCUGCGUGUCAGCGAGCUGAAGACUGCUCUCCGGGAGAGGGAGGCAGCCCCCAUCCGUCUCACGUGGCAGGGUGCUCAGCACCGGGCCUUCCUGGACUACUUAGACCCCCAGGCUGCAGACCAGGCCCUGGCCGCCCUGGAGGGGCUCUCCCUGAACGGCCACGACCUGCAGGCUGAGCUGGCCAAGAGCCAGAGGGGAGGCAGGAGGCCAGGUCCAAGCAACCGGAGGUCCAGACCAAAUACAGGCCCCAAAAAUACAGCUAGAGAAAGGAGAGGGAGUACGAGUGAAGCAGAGGCAGAUUCCCCCAAGCAGGAGCUCAACCAUAACGAGUAACUGCCUGCUUCUACGUCCAUCUCCGUAACAGAAGCCAAGCCAGCAGAAAGAAAAGGCUGUGUUUCUUGAAAGGGAAGGAUGUUACCUUCACUGUACCAAUGUGAAGUGUGAAAAUAUGUUUAAUGCCUUAAGCAGAGUUUGGUUUGUCGUUAUGGUUUUUAGUGUUGGUAUUGAUAACACGUAACCCCAUUUACGUUUGAAAUGUUCUUAUACAGAAGUUUCAUCCACACUGGCAGGCCUGUCUGUCAGUCACAAAGGAAGGAGAGGUUGGAGGUUUCCCUGUUAGUCUCUUUGUGCAGGGGCAAUGUUUAAUGCCCUACAUGUAAUGCCAUCAGAAUUCACAGGAUAUUUUGUGUACUAAAUAAACCAUACUUUGAGUUCAUAGUUUUAA